GGUCUGUGAUUGUGAUGCGCACGAGGAAUGCUCUACACCUCGGCGGACACCACUCAGACUGCUGCUGACAUCUGUCUCCGUGGAUACGCACAGCCACUCGCAGGCUACGCCACCAACACUGAUCCAUAAUAAUAAUCCCCAGCUGGAGAACAAACAACAUCUGGGCGUGGAGCGAAGGGAGAGGGCCAAGUCUCAGCAGGGUGGGCGGCAGAUGGUGACACUGCAGCAGCACUUCUCCAGCAUGGAGGAGACGGUGCGAACGCUUCUACAGAACCAGGACUCUCUGGAGGGGCCCAAGGUGGACCCCCUGGACCUUAUGAAAGCAUACAAGGACAAACUCCUGGAGGAAAUGUGGAAGCAGCAGGAUAGUCUGGAAGGACCCACAGCCACAGCAGCAGCGAUGCCUGCCUCGCCCGAGGCCGGCGGAGGGUCGGAGGAGAAUUCAAAGGACAGCAAUCCCCUGCUAGAGCGACUCAGAGCCCUGGAGGCUGAAAACUCUGCUCUGUCAAUGGAAAACGACAAUCAGAGGAAGCAGUACGAACGCUGUCUGGAUGAGGUGGCUAACCAGGUGGUCCAGGCCCUCCUCACACAGAAGGACUUGAAAGAGGAGUGUGUGAAGCUGCGGACCCGUGUGUUUGACUUGGAGCAGCAAAACCGCAUUCUGAGUGUGCUGUUUCAACAACGUGUCAAAAUGUCCACAAUUCCUGUCUCCCAGGAGGUCCAAAGGAAUGGAAAAGCAGGUAUUCCUGCAGGAAGGUGGCCCAGCCUACUGAGUCUAACAUGCCCACGCAGCAGUGGUAGUGGCAGUAGCAGUGAACUGUCAUUAUCUAGUGCUUGUAGUGAGUAUUCGAGUGGCUCCCACACUUGGGCAGAGGGACGUGGAUUCUCUAAACAGUGUGCUGCAAGCCGGGACAAAAGGAUGAGUACGGGUUCGGUAUCCAGCAAUCACUCUGCACCCAUGGAUCAGACUGAACUGGGAUGGAAGGAAGGCCACAUUCUGAAAGGCCUGAAGCGUCUCCAAAUGUGCAACUCUAAGGAGGCAUCGUCACAUGCAUCUGUGCCACAUUGCAAAGAUUGUAUGACCUCCAAUGAGGGCAUAUACUCGUUUGGUUUCAAGUGUGGCCAACAAGGUAGUACAGCAAAGCAAGUAGCCCCAACAAGUAAACCAUUCAAGGCCGGAGCAGGAACGGCUGCUCUAGACUCUGAUGAUGCAGAUGACGAUUCAGCUAAAUUACAAAGUACAGAAUCCAAUGACCAAUCAACAAAAGAGCUUGAUGGCUUAGAGAAACUGGAUGUAGCAAGAGAUGAUGACAACAAUUUUCAAGAAGACCCUGUUAAACUUGCAGGAAAUUCUGACAUUUUUCCCUCACCUGUCACAGACAACUUCUUAUUUUUUGAGGGCCCCACAGUGAAACCUGGUGUUAGCCCAACAGAUAGCCUUACACAUCUGGAGGAAAAGAACAACUCACUAGAACAACACAAGCCUUCUGGCGUGAAAUUGAGUGAUAGAAACAAUAACCAGGAAAGGUCUACUGACCGUAAAUCAAGACUUGAUCAAGUCAAAAGACAACAGGACAGACUUGCAGUGAAGCAAGUCGAAGCAGGAACAAAUAAUGGGAGCGCUACAUUUCAGCAUUCUGCAACAAGAGCUCUGAGCUGUGUCAGUGUAGCUAGACAGCGCAGCUCCUCAAUGGAGGUUCCUCACUGCAGAGACCAGGCGAGUCAAGCCGGCAGUGAAAGGCAGAACUACACUUACUCAGAAUCCCCACAAAGGAAACCCAAACCUCAGCCUUGUGACUCAGCAAGAAAGGCUUUCAUUUUGAGGAGCAAGAGUGCAGAUGGAGGAAAAGAACAACCUAAGCAUACACAUUCUCCUCUCCACCAGAAGCUCAUUAAGGGUCACAGGUCCAAAGGACAGUCCACCCCUCCUGGGCAUAGUGUUCCUAGCAAAAGAACAAAUCUCAGUAAGUCAGAAUGUUCAAGCAAGGGGUCAUUAACUAAAGCUGAGAAAGAUGAAGACAUUGCUGUAUCAACAGGUUCCAAGUCUCUUAAGAGUGUGCGGUCUCCCCUUGCUUCCCCUGUAAAGCAGUCAAAGACUUUUAAGCCAGCAGGGAUCAAUGAUGGCUCAAAGAGCCCAACAAAAUCACCUUUGCAAAUUCCUAGACUCCAAUCAAGCAACGAGUCUAUUGAAGAGAGCAUCUAUGACAACUUACCCUGCUCUCCACGAAAACAAAGACGCCAAGACCAGCACUGUGAUGUUUCCCGUUCAGAAGGUCCCAGGUCCCCAUCCCCACCACGACCCCCAGGUCGAACUACUUCUCUUGUCCUAAGGCCCAGUUGGGACAGCCUACCCAGAGCAUACAAAUCUGCAAGUCGAGCUCAAAGCUCUACGACUGGGAAGACAACAUCAAGCACCACCAAGCAGCAGUCAAAUCUUUUACAACCGCAACAAUCCAACACAACCAUGGACAAUCAACCUACAGGCACACAGAUGGGUGCUGAUGGUACACCACUGAAAGAAAUCCCUUCCAAGCUCUUCCAUACCCACUUAUCCAAGAUGCAACCUGUCCCAGUUCAAGAGUCUUCAGAGUCAGUCCAGCUAUCUAUGGACAGAGCUACCAUCUGCCAUGACGAACAUAGUGCUCCCUCAAUAUUUCCAAGUCAGAGCAUCUUGCAGAGAUCCCAACAGAGCAUCAGUGAACCAAAACUUUCAGAAGUCUUGCCUCAAGCAUAUUCUAAUGUUUACUACCAUGGGAUUGCCAAUAAUCCCCAGAGUUCCACCUCAAGAGCCAUAAAAGUGUCUCUUCCUGUUAAUGCUAAAUCUCAUGAGGCAAUCACUGGACAGGAAACAAAUACCUUCCUAGUAUUCGGAAGACACAACAAAGAUGAUACUAACUCUACUGCAAAAAAUAUCCAGACCUUUCAGACUUUCACAUGUGAUCCCCAGAUGAUACACGAUUGUGGAGCUCAUGACAAAGUCCGCAGAAAGAUUGAGACCCGCUGUAACUCGCUCGAUUCUGAGCCGUCAGUUCAACCUGUUGCAUCAGACAGCGGUGUGAUGUUGGAUUGGGGAUUUGAUGAAGAAGGUUGGCUGUUUAAACGGUCUGUGUCUGUUUCAACCAGACCUCCCAUUAAGCCGGUAAUGGGUAUGAAUGGUGCUAAGGCUCGUAGCCAGAGCUUUGGUGCACGUUACAUGGACAGGCCAAGUUUCAACAGAUCUGGAAAGGUCCGUACGCAGAUCAAAACACACUCAGGGAGCUCCUUGAACUCUCUUAGUGAUGUCCUUCCAGGAAGUAUGAGUUGCUCAAGUAGCUACCAUUGUCCAAUGAAUCGAUCCCUUUUGAACAACUUCUUAAUUGAAGAGGGCCUGGCAGUUCCUUCACAUUUGGGGUCCUCCAGUGAAAGACUUCAGAGUCUCAAACUCCAACGAGAGCAGGCUAGGCGCCUUCAGAUUGAGCAACAGUUUUCCAGCGCCUUUGGCGAGCCAGUGUCUGAAGAACCAGAGAGACAAAGUACUAUAACCACAAUCGAAGAGAAAGUGAUGCUCGGCAUAGAGGAGAACUUGCACAAGUCUCAGGAACAGGAGAGAACCAGUGAAGUGAAGCAAAAGUCCAGCUCAACUUUGGCAAAUUGGUUUGGUUUUCGUAAGAGUAAGUUGCCUGCGCCAAGCAGCAAGAAGACGGAUGCACCAAAAGUAAAAGAGGAAAAGAGGGAGCAAAAGAUUACAUCACUUCUGGGAGGAAAGCAGACGAAAUCUGACAAAAAGAGAGACCGGAGAAAAAGUGAUGGAAAGGACUGCUCUGUGGGGAGAAGAGAGUCUCAUGAUGCAGUGCGGGCAUGCAUCUCAAUGCCCUGCCCAGGAAUGUCCCUGAAUGAGAUACAAGGACAUACUGACAUCAUCGGGGACCCAAAGAUGCAGAUGAUGAACUUGAGAGCCGAUGAUGAGAAUGGAUCCACGGUGAAGAGCCCCAACCAGGACGCUGUAAUAGGCUCCGGCUGCAAGAUGCGAACGUUGGACAGUGGAAUUGGGACCAUCCCCCUGCCUGAAUCCUGUUCCUUCUUCUCCUCCAUCCUGCACCUCCUCCCCAAAUCCUCAUCAACCCCAGAACAGUCCCUCAGUCCUCCCAGUGUCCCCGGGUCCUCCAGCGAGGACGUGUCUCCUUCCCCAUUACCCCGGUGGAGAAUCCCCUCCAGCUUUAAGGACGGCAGCCAUGCAGGAGUGCCAAACUCCCUCUCCGACUCCUCCAUGACCCAUAUCCAGUCAGUGCCUUUCCCCACUGUGGCCUUCCUCCAGCCCAUCCAACCCCAGUGUGAACCCAUUGUGACCUCUGCCAGUGUGUGUGAUACCCAGAGCAGGCUGCCCAGACCACCAUCAGGUGUGAUGGAACCAAAGAAGUUGACCUAUAUCAAAUCAAAAACACGCACCACUCCGAGCCAACAGAAAGAACAGACCAGACUCCAGCUUGCCAACUAGUUUAUGGAGCAGACUGAGUCAACCUGAAGCGAGGAGUCAAGCAAUCGUUUGGAUUUAUCACUCGAACACAUAUGGAGGAUCCCUAAAUCCCACAGUCUGGACACUGUGUAUCUGUAUCAGGAUGAAACGCUCAGAGCUGGCCAACAAGUGAGUUUGGCAUCGUGGGCUUCCACCUGUGCUCAGUGUAGUGCUGAGAUACUGAGUAGCCUUUCAGGUGUAGUAACAACCCUCCUGGCAGCCAUUGUGGAGGUCUGCAGCUCAUUGGCAUCAGCUGUGAGCAGCUGAUUGACUUUUUCUGCAACUCUGCUGUCUCACAGGACUGGAGUUAAACAAACAUGCUUCAUUCCCCUUGUGUUCUGACGUAAGAAUUUUACAAAAACAUGACAGAUUCUUUUGUUUUGGUUAUAUCAGGUUAGCUACUGUAGCACUUUCAUGGCUACCUGUGAUUAUCUGAUUAACAAAUCUAAUAUGCACACAAGCAAUUGCAGGUAGGCCCAGCUUAACCCUUGUGUUGUCUUAACUUUCUGUACACACCACUUGUCCUAAGGGUCAAAAAUGACCCACCUUAACUAAACCCCUUAAACAAAGCAGCUUGAUUGACCCUAAUCCAUUUCGCAUGAACAACCAAAAAGUAAUUAAUCAGAAACUUUGUGAAUAUCGAGGUUUUUCUCUCUUAAUGUGCAGAAAAACUGGAUUUAAUCAGGUGAAUCCAAUCAUUUUUAUUACAACAGACCUGUCAUAAUUGGUUUACGACUAAAUUUUCUACUAAAGUAGGGGUUUAUUUAUAUUACUUUCAUUACAAGAGGUACUGCAUUGGUGUAAGCAUAAU